UCAUUUGACUUCCUGUUAUUGAGCGGGUGACCACACCUGGGAGGAUCUAAACGCGCACUCCUGACGUUGAAGUACGUUCAGGGGAGAAUUCCAGACUGAAAGUGAUGUCUUCAUCUUCCCUCCUCUUCCUCUUUCUGUUCGUUGUACCGUUGGACGGGGUCGCAGACUGCGAGACCAGCUUCCGGUCGGGUAAGGACGGCUUCGUCCUGGACGUGGAGGACGCGGUGAAAGAGGGCGCGGUGAUAUUGGCCGUUGAGCACGCGCCCACAAUGGCCGACUGCCGGCGAGCGUGCUGCGCGAAUACCCUUUGUAACAUCGCGCUUUUGGAGCAGCACGACGUGCCCGACCACUUUACAUGCACCCUCUUCGACUGCGUUCACAGAAAUCAGUUUGUGUGCCGGUUCGUCAAGCGCACGGUCUACCGGAGCUUCAUCAGAGAGACCGAGUACCAGAAGUACCUGGAAGGCCCGCUGGGACCAGGUGAGCAGGCACCGCCCAUUGCCAACGCGGGGCGUGACAAAGUUGUCCAACCAGGAGCCACUGUGACCCUGAACGGCAUCGAGAGUCUGGCUGUUGGCGACGCCCACAUCGUUGACUAUCACUGGACUGUGCAGAGCGCAGAAAAUGAUGUCAUUCUGGAGACGACGAACCUGCCCGACCAGGUGCAGCUCUCCAACAUGCUACCGGGUCACUACCACCUCCGCCUGACUGUCACUGAUUCCAACGACCAUUCACACAGUGCCGAGGUUGGCGUGCUCGUCUUGAAUCCUCAGCUGUCUGCCUUGUACUGUUUAGCACCAGAGAAAGCGGGGCCGUGCCGUGCCGCCUUUCCUCGCUGGCGUUACAAUGCCGACACAGGCGAGUGUCAGCUGUUUGGUUUUGGAGGUUGUAAAGGGAACCGCAACAACUUCCUGUCAAAAGAUGAGUGUGUAAAGGCCUGUGCUGGAGUCACAGUGACAUCAUCUGAUCACCUGCGCAUCGCUCUGCCAUCUGGUGAAGUGUGUGGCACUGGAUGUCUACCUGGUCAGCUGACCUGCAGUAGUGGUUGCUGUGUGGACAAAAGUCUGGAGUGUGAUGGCGUAACUCAUUGCAGUGACGGUUUAGAUGAGGACCACUGCAGCCAAAUCAAUCAGACGUUCUCUCGGUUGCUUGACAUCGACAUCAAUCAGCGAAAAGCCCGGUGCCUGGAACCCCCCCGCACAGGCCCAUGUCGCGCCAGCCACACACGCUGGUACUACGACCCGCUCAACACACACUGCCGGCAGUUCACGUUUGGCGGCUGUAACGGAAACGACAACAACUUUGUAAAGGAGACUGAGUGUGAUCACACCUGUCACGGCGUGACUGAGCGAGAUGUGUUCGCCAAAGGAAUGUUUCAACGCUUUGAAGAAGAAGAAAAAAGUGACUCAGGCUCCAUUGCACUGGCGGUGGUUAUUUCGGUGGGCAUCUUGGUUCUGCUGGCAAUCCUGGCCUACUGUUUCCUGAAGUCCAGGAGAAAGCGCGCACAGCAGAACGUCCCCACAAGACCCGCCCAGCAGGCUACUGAGCAGUACACGCUGGUUUACAACAGCACCACCCACCCUGAGUGAUGUCAUCUCGGCCGCAAUGUUAUUUUUGCUGGUCAGGGUUUGAAUAAUGAAAUACUUUAUUGUAAACUUUAAAGCUGCAUCCUAUUUUCUUAUUAAACUUUUGUACAAAUAAAA